AUGGCACUACGCCACACCGCGGAAGCUUCAAUCGUCUCCGAGCGCGCCGACGGGGUCACGGCUGACAUGGCGGACGCGACACCGUCCAAAGCGGUUGCGACCACCGGCUCUCGUCGCGGACGCAGGACGGCGACCAUGUCCAGUGGCGGCGGCGGUAGCGGCGGACCGCGAUCUCGGCGGUCCCCGCUUUCCGCGGUCGUUCUGUCCGCGGUCGCCAUAGCGUUCGCGGCCACCGUCGACUGGAGACACGCGGCCACCGAAUGCGGCCGGUGGCUGACGACGGCCGCGGAACUGUUUUCGUCGGCGACGGACCAAAAGGUAUAUUGACCGUGCACGCGCGAAAUACGCUUGAUUAGUACGUCCGCCAUGCACUUUGUAUCGGACUGUUAUCGGCAAUAAUUUGAUUGUUUGGAUCCAAUCAAUGUAAUUGUUCAAUUAUAAACGCAAACGAUAUAUUUUUGAACGCUCGUGUAAUAUUGAGAUAUGAGUAUAUUUACAUACUAAGAUUUGACUGUUAUCAAAAUAUAAGAGAUAUACUCGAAUGAGGUUUUUCGCGAUAAAAUAUAUAUAUAAACACUUAAAAUGUAGAAUAUAACAAUUUUUCAGGUUACGUUGCAUUGCAUUUGUGUGUAAUUUUUUAAUUUUUGAUUCUGAGUGGAGCGAAGAAGCCUAUGGAUUUACAAAGGUGUUAAUUUGUUUAUUUAUUUUUUCCUGUGGACAACUUUUCUACCAGGGGUGUUGCUCCGAUUUUUAAGUGUAGCACUUUUUCUGAAAGGAAAUCGGUGUAGGGAGGUACUCAAGGGAAAUCAUUUUUCGAUAGUUUUCACACCAAAUGUGAAAAACCGAAGAAAAACGGGAAAUUUGGUACAAUAUUAAACAAAAAUUAUUAAAGAAAAUAUAUAACGCCUGUUUAAUUAAUUUACCAUAGUAUAAUAUAAUAUAUUAUUGACAAAUCAUCGCUAUCAACUGAACUGUCCUCAAAAUCGUUUUUCGUUAGCAAUGGUUUACCGUUGCUUGCAGAUAUACAUUAAAUUACCUAUAACAGUGGAUGCACCCCGCCUCUCAAUUAUCCUAUGACGUUUUUUUUUUUUUCAAAAUAAAAUAUAUAUUGUUUUCGAACUAUCGUUUUCUUUCUAAAAUAAUAUAAUAAACAAUAAUUUUACGUAAUUUGUAAUCAUACCAAUUAUGAUUUUUUGGUUUAAACGUUAUUAUUUGUACUAACUUAAUUGGUAUAGUCUGGGUUCCUUUGUCUAUUUUUUUGUUGGUAGGCUGAAAUAGAUUAUAGUAUACUAUUGACGGAACUGUUUAAAUUUAAAUAUAUUUUGACGUUUUUGUUUGAAUCUGAAAUGUUUUGUCAUCCUGCAAUUGAACUGUUAAUUUAAAUUAUGGUUGUUGGUAUUUUGUGACAUGCUGCUUUGUGACCGACUGUUUUGGUCUGUUUGAUUUGGAAUUUUGAUCCGUGCUUUGUUUCAUGAUCUGUGAUUUCUAAUUUUUUACCUCUACAUUAUAAAUUGUACAUCUACUUUUAAAUGAUGAAUUGUUACAUUUUCAUUAUGUUUUGUCGCUCUUAAUUUUGGCGGUGAAACGACUACCUACUUUUGAUUUUCAAAUGGCCACCUUUACAAAUGCAAUUAUUACACAUUCUACAAAUGGAUGGAGUACUAGUUUAAAUACAUUUCGGUGUUGACAUUUUCGAUUUUUUAAUUAGUACAUUUUUUAUUACUUAAACUACCGGAAAUUUUUUUUUCGUUGGUUUUUUUUUUUUAACCAAUUCUUUGCGAAACAAUAAGUGUUUUACGUUAAAUGAAUUACCCUGUAAGUUUAAAUGCAUACAAUGACCUCGUUUUAGGAACUUAACCUGCACGGUUCGCACGCCUCUAUAAUAUGGAACCCAUUGUUGUACAUUAUAUUAUGAUAAUCUUAGAUUUGAAAACAAAAAAUACUGAAAGCUGAAUUCGGUUCAUUCGAAAUUUCGUUUUGGAAACAAACAAAAAAUGAUUUGUAGUAGCUCGUUUUUUUUUUUUCACAACGUAUUUCAAACUUGUGGGAAAUUCUAAGAUUCAUUAUACGACUUUAAAUAAAUUUAUAAAUUAGAUACUACCUAUGUUAAAUAUUAACAUUUCUAAUCGGUCUACGACGGAGCUUUAUUGCCAGCAGAUAAUGGAAUUGUUUAAAUAACUUUAAAUUCAUAUUAAAAAAUAUAAAAAUCUUUUUCGCACAAUGCCACAAAGAGUGGGCCACUGUUAUAGAUGUGAAGUUAAGAAGGUAGAAUAUAGAAGAAAAUUUAAUGUGCCUAUAUCAUUACGCAAUGUUUUAUCUCUGUUGACAAAAAACUAUUCUGAACGGAAUUCGAUUACAUAUGUUUUAAAAUACCGUAAUAUUUAUAAUUUGAAAAUAAUACGUUUCGAAUAUUUUUAUGUUUUCUUUUUUUUCAGGUUUUUCCCAUUUAUUAUAAAAAACCUCUGAAAAAAUCAAAAAAUUACCUCCUUAAAUUACUCUGAAACAAAAUAUUAGCGAGUUUUGUGUAAUCGACGUAAGCAUAUUUUUAGUAGGUAUAUCUAAUGUUUGUAAGACAGAAACAAAAUACGAGUAGUUCAGUACUAUAUAAUAAAUAGGUUUAGCCGUCAAAAUCAACACAAAUUUAAAUUUUAAAAAUCAACAAUAAUUUUACAAUUUAUUUCAUAACAUUAUUCAUGAUUACAAGUAAUAUCGUAAUUAAAACAUAAGUAAAAUCACUUUAUUUGUCACGGAAUAUGUGCUACUCGCAGCAUUAUAAAUCGUAACACGAUUUUUUAUCGUGAUGUAUAUUAUACUCUCGAAAAAUAUCCAAUUUGUCUAAUUUUCCGGAAAUUUUUUUCGUUUUUCAAAAGUAAUUUUUAAUUUCUCCAACAUAUUAUUAUAGAAUUUACAGCAUUCCGGAUUCGGAAAUUGAAAUACUACUUAAAUUGUGUUUUUUCGUUUUUAUCUAAUAUUAAGACUUCAAUUACAAAAAUUAUUAGCUUAAAAAUGUAUUGUGUUUUAUACGGAUGUAUACUACAGUAAUACGACGCGUGAACUUCUAAAAUUCUGUAUCAUAUUAUGCAUUAUUCAAAACUGCAGAUGCUUAUAGCCAUUACACGUAGUAUUAAAGUGUAUAGAGCACGUCGGAUUUUCGUGUAGAAAUCAUGUUUUCGCGGAACAAAAAAAAAUGGAAUAUUUUCUAUUCGUAUAGGUCAUGGUAGUGUGAAGACCGGCAGACCGUACGCGAAAUCACUGAUGUUCGGAUAAAUUACUAUGAUGUUAUUAUGUACUUACAACCUGCACAAGUACUAUGGGAGAAAUCGACAAGCAAUAUAAAUUUCGGCCCGAAAAAGUACUGCGAUAUCCGUCACUAAUACGGCUGCUCUAUUCGGUUGAUUUUAGAUUCAGAAAGAAUAAUAAUUACUCGUGUUAUUAUGGGUGAAAAUACAUUUCAGAAAAAAAACGAUCGAUAUGUUAAGAUAACAAUCUGGUGCUAAUGAAAAUAACAUCGAGUGUGUCGCUGUAUAAAAUAAUGUUUAAAUAUGUUUAAAAUAAUGUAUACAUUUCACAACAGUUUGUGUUUCCCCCAAGUCCUGUCCUUCGAUUUUCAUACACGAUCGUCUAAUCGCAAUCUUUAGCGAUUAUCUACUUAUGGACCUACAUAAAUAUUUUUACGAUAUUGCUCUUCACAAUCCGGUCUUUUAUUCAGUCUCUUUUAGAUUCUGAGUGUAACAAAGAAUAGCUUUACAAAUACCCAUGUAUUUUUAUCAGAAAACACUUUAUGGUCAGUAAAAAUACUCCGAUGUAUUCAUAGCAUACACUAAAAGAUACGGAUUUUCUGCCUAAGGUACCUUAAUUGAUAAUUUUUUCGAAAUUCCUAAUUAUUUUUCCAAAAAAUUAAUUUUUAUGAUUUUUAAAAACAAUUUUUAGUUUAGGCAAAUACCCUAACUUGUUCACGGAAAACCGUAAAUUUUACUUUAUAGUUUAUUUGAAACGGUUAUCGACAUUUCCAAUAAUUCACCGUCUAGAUCAGUUUUAGAUUCUGAGUAGAACGAAGAAGUUUAUGGUUUUACAAAAAUUGUUUUUUUUUCUGUGGACAACUUUUCUACCAGAGGACUUGCUCCGAUUUUUAAGCGUAGCACCUUUUUUGAAAGAAAAUCGGUGUAGAGAGAUACUUUAAAGAGGUUAUUUUUCGAUUUUCUCAAGAGUUUUUUUUCUCAAAUUUGAAAAACCGAAAAAAAAACUGAGAAAAAACGAGAAAAUAUAAGAAAUGUAAGUAUUGGUUAAAAUAUAUUACGAUUUUUUUUUUCUGUGCACUACUUUUCUACCAGCAAUUUUAUUCCGAUUCAUAAUUACAACAAUGUUUCUAAAAGGAAAUCCGACUGGAGACAAACUUAAGAAAGGUUUUCUCAGGAGUUUUCCCAUCAAAUAUAAAAAACCGGGAAAAACAUUAGAAAACCGUGAAAAACGUAAGAAAAACGGUAAAAUCGGUACACCAAACAAAUAUUAUUAAUGAUAAUAUAUAAUACCUAUUUAAUUAUUUUAUCAUAAUUAUUCAUAUAUCUUGUUGACAAAACAUCACUAUCAACUGAACUCUGCUCAGAAUCGUUUUUUCGUUAGCAAUGCUUGAUCGUUGCUUACAUGUAUACAUUAAAUUACCUGUAACAGUGGCUGUACCCAUCCCCAUUCUCCCAGGACGUCUUUUUUACUUGGUUUAUUUUAAAACUUUUAAUUUCUGAUUCUGAGUUAUUCGGUGCAAAAGGUCAAAAACACGGCCUAUAUAUGAAACGUUUCUUCGGGAGAAAAAAACCUGUCAGAUUUUUCUGUUUGUUUCAUCUCAUCGUGUCAGGUCUGGUCCUAACUGGACUCUUAAUAAUUUCUCUUCGCUGGUCCUCAGUUGUGAUCUUCGAAAAAACGGACCGCACAGAUCUCUAAGCCAAUUAGUUUCGCAAAUGUCGAGUUAUAAUACGUUUUUAAGUCGCUGAAAUGAAAAAUCUUUAUACGGAAUUUUGUGCGCGGAUAAAAUAUAAAUUUUUUUUUUCUUUAUACCUACUUAUACCGUCGACGGUUCCUGCAGUUUUUUUAUUUCCCACAUGAAUCACGUAUACUAUCACAAGCCUCAAAUCGUGUUAUACUUCGUGUGCAUCAUAAAUAUUUUGUCUCGCAUAAAAAUCUAACGUACGCGUAUAAUACACGAUAAUUGCCCUGCCCUAUACAAUAUAUUACUAUUAUGCAUUACGACUACUAUAAUAAUACUACUGCAUUCUCUUGUUCAAUUGGCCAUUCUGUAUAGCUAAAUCACCGGUGAAAACAGUUAUUUUCAUAACAAAAUUACUGUACUCGGUUCAAUUUUAAAAUUUCAUUCAUAUUUCUUGUGUGCGGCACGAAAAUGAUGAAAUUAAACGCAAAAUCAUUAACUACAAAUUAUGAUAUACGCGCCUAAAUGUGUUACAUAUAACAAUAUUGUACUCGUAUGUACCCGCGCAAUCUGAUAAUACUACACGAUAUCUUUAUGUAUACUUAAAUAUCGUACACGUUAUUUUUUUUUUCGUUUUCCCAGUUUCCGAAAAAAAAAAAAAUAUAAUAAUAAUAACAAUUAAAUAUAACGUUCUAUAAAAUAAUAAACCAUGAAAUCAACCGCCGCCAUGUUUUCCAUAGCAGUAUAUUAUCAAACCGUAAGUGUGUAAUAAAUUAACAUUGAACACGGAUUCGCGACUAACAGAGCAAUAAAUCCCGACGGCCGAAAAAAAAAAAAAAUAAAACGCGCGUCAAAAUUAACAAUAUCCGAAUCUACAGACCGCAUAAACCAACUGCGCGAAUUAAUGCGAAUUAAUAAUUCAUACGCGAAAUAUUAUACACCUACGUGGCUACGUACGAGCGCAGAUAUUUUUCGGUGAAUAUAAUAACAUACAGCGCGCAUAAUGAAUUGCAUACGCCGUGAACACGGCAAAUGUUUUCCGCUGUUAUAGAUUCCGAGCGUGGCGAGAAAGCUAUUGGUUUUACAAUGCUGUUUGUUUAUUUUUAUUUUUUCAUUCUGUGUUCUAGUCUGCGGACGCGUUUUUCCCUAGUAAACUUGCUCCGAUGUAUAAGUGUAGAAUCUUUUCUGAAAGCUCAAGUUGUUCAGAUGAUACUUUAAAGAGGUCAUUUUUUGAUUUUCGACGCCAUUUUUUUUAUUAAAAGCACUCGAAUGGGAAAAAAACGUAGGAAAACUGUACAAUUUAUUUACAAUUUAUUAUUAAACAUAUGAAAAUGUCACUCAGUGAGCUUUUAUAGAAUAUGCGACCCAAUUGCAUAUAAUUAUAGUAUCAAUAACAACGUACUCGAUUUUUUUUUCAUCUAUUAAAAACCUUGGAGUAAUUUUUUCUUAUGAUUUAUGUUUUCGUGAAUCAUUGAGUAUAUCGUAAAGAAAUCUUCAAAAAUAUUUAGAUUUUAUUAAACGUCACUCUUCUGUGUUUUCAGAUCCUAAACCUUUUAAAGCCCUUUACACGGCUUUUGUAAGGUCUAUUUUAGAAUACGAUUCUAUUAUUUGGGGCCCUUAUACUAAAUUAGAAAGUGAUUCAAUCGAAAGAGUCCAAAAUCGGUUCUUCAAAUACUUAGCUUUUAAAAUAAAUUUUCAUUUGGAACCUUACGAGUACGAAUCUAUGCGUUUACAUUCUAACUUGCCAACACUUGCUUCUAGAGGAGAAGCGGUAGUCUUUUGUUUAUAACCUCAUUAAUGGCCUUAUAAAUUCCCCUUAUUUACUUGAACACAUCCACUUUAAAGUUGCUUCAUACCACCCCAGAUACCCCACUCUUUUCUACACCUCUUCUCAUGAUACCAACUUACUAAAAACUCACCUCUUUCCAGAGCAAUGUCAUUUUGCAACAAAUACCCCGACUUUGAUUUUUUUCUUAAUGAUGCAUCUUAAAAUAAUUAAAUCGCAUGUUAAUUAUUGUUGAUAUCUAUUAUAUUUUCUUUUAUCAAAUUUAUCUUACUUUACAUUAUUUAUAAUUGUAUCAGUAUCAAUGUUACAUCCCAAUCACUUAUAACCGCGUAUAUAUAGCCUAUUGUUUAUAUUGUAUACUUGUAUGUAAUAUUUUUGGUCAAUUGGGUUCACGCUUGUUUUAUUUCAAUGAAUAAAUUAUUAUUAUCAUAUUUGCCUAAACUCUAGAAUUUUUUUUUUUUUUAGUAGGUAUCAACCAGAUAAAUACAUAGGUACAGAGAUUUAAAAAUGUUUUUGAAAAAUCAAUCAAAUUUUUUUUUAUUAGUGAUAAUCGACCUGCCUGUAGACAACUAUGCGAAUAACGCCUAUGACUUAUCACUUAUAAGACAAUACCAACACAUAAAAUUGACUACUUCUAGUAGAUACUAAAACUACCUACUAAAUUUAUUUGUAUUCAAAUUUGAAUUUUUUUUUAACCAAUAAGUAAUAUCGUUUUAGUUUCUGAGUGGAGUGAAGAAGCUUAUGAUUAUACAAAGAUGUUUAUUUUUUUUUUUUUUGUGGACAACUUUUCUACCAGAGGACAUGCUCCAAUUUUUACAUGUAGCAUCUUUUCUGAAAGAAAAUUGGUAUGGAAAGGUACAUUUAAGAGGUCAUUUUUCGAAGUUCUUAAGAAUUUUCUUAACUUUACUUUUCUACUGACUGACUGAGCCCAUGAUUAUGCCCUAUUAUGAUUUCUGAGUGUAGCACGUUUUCUUAAAGGAUAUCAAUGUGGGGAGGUACUUAAAGAAAGUCAUUUUUCUUUUUUCUCAAGAGUUUUUUCAUCAAAUGUGAAAAACCGAAAAAACGGAGGAAAGACGAGAAAAUAUACGAAAUAUAUUAGUAAAAUAUUACGAUUUUUUUUUUCUGUGCACAACUUUUCUAACAGCAAUUUUACUCCAAUUUAUAAUGAUAGCAAUUUUUCUAAAAGAAAAUUUUACUGGAAAGAUACUUUAAGGAAGUCAUUUUUCGAUUUUCUCAGUUUUCCCAGCAAAUGUGAAAAACCAGAAUAAAACACGAGAAAACCGGGAGAAUCGUAGGAAAACUGGAAAAAUCGGUACAACAUUAAACAAAUAUUAUUAAAGAAAAUAUAUAAAGCCUAUUUAAUUAUUUUACUAUAAAAUAACAUAAUAUACAUUGUUGACAAAGCAUCACUAUCAACUGAACUCCGCUCAGAAUCGUUUUUUCAUGAGCAAUGGUUUGUCGUUGCUUACAGGUGUACAUUAAAUUAUCUAUAAUAGCGGCUGCACCCGUCUCCAUUAUCCUAGGACGUCCUUUCUUAUCGUUGUAAUAAUGUUAUGCCGGUCUAUAGUUCACCAUAUCAUUAUUAUGUACAACUCUGGCCAUAUUAUUAGAGCAAUAAUAAUAUUAGCAAUUAAACAGAUAGCUCGGUGUACGAUUUGGUACGCGCCACACGCCAGACGGACAUAUUAUAUCUGACCUAAAUUGCACUAUAAUUAUUGAUGCUCGUUCUCCGUAAAUAGAUUAUAUUAUACGCGCGCGCGUUAUUAUAAAUAAUAUUCUAAUAACAAUGUCGUAAUUGGUAGGGAUAUUUUGUAGACGAGUAUAAUAUUAUUUAGAUACCUACCGCCAGAGUAUAACAUCGUGUUAUGCCAUUUUUCUCUCCGCGAGUAUCGCAUCGUCUCGUUUAAUCACAGUUUAAUCACUAUGACGUUUGAUUAACCCCGCCGAUUGUCCACCGACAAAUAAUAACAAUUUCACAUUUUGAGAGUGACGAAUUGAUUUUGCAAAGAUGGAAACAUCUUUACAUCCGUUUCCUCCCCCAGAAAAUACCUUUACGGCUAGUAUAGCAACGAUUUGAAUCUCGCACGUCGCGCUUUAACAGGAAGAGAUUUUUCGCCCGGUGGUAUUUUAUGCGAACAAAUCUUCGAAAUCCCCGAUUUUUCACGUUUUUUCGAUUAUUUUUUACGACAUACUUGUCGUCGUUCGACGGAGCAUCUUUGAGUAUUAUACAUUAUCUAAUAUACUACUGAUACUAUAGACGGCAUUAUAUAUUGUGCAGAUGUACACAAACAAUUAAAUUAUACUGACGAAAUUGCAUAAUCAAUUAAAAUUACUAAAUGGUAUAAUUAGAUAAUGGGCAAUUUUACGUUAUCGUAAUAACAAUUACCGUACUAAAAUAAUAAAAAAAAUUAUUAAUUUUCAAAUUACUGGUAGAGAAAUUUAGACAGUUAAUUACUUAUAGACUUUGGGUUUAAAAUAUUUAUUGAUAUGUCUGUAAUUAAAAAUAUCGAUCCAGACCACUAUUAAGUCAUUUUAAUGCUAGCAAGAUUUAAAUAAUUAUAGUUAAUGGUUAACAUUGCUACGCGUGAUCAAUUAUUGCAAGAGUUGUUAUAAAAUUUAAAAACAGCAUUAUAAGUUAAUAAUUGAAAUUAUCUGAAAAUCGUUAUUAAAUAGGAAUAGAUUAUUAAGUUCAUUGAGCAAUGUAAUUUUAUUGGUAUAAAAUACCAAAAUAGCUAUAAUUUCGAUAAUAUUGUAACUUUUAGUGUCAUGUCUAUAUAUAUAUAUAUAUAUAUAUAUAUAUAUAUACCUACGCUAAGAUAGUGGUAUAUUUUAGGCGGAAGAGGCGAUAGGGUAUAUCGCCCUCCCUGGACCUGUAUUUAUGCAACUAUUUAGUAUUUUAGUAUAAUGAAAAAAAAAGUUUAAAACUAUAUCUCCAUAUUUUUCAACGAAAAUAAAAAAAAAAAUUGUUUUAACGAUUUUAAAAAAAAAUGUAUUACUAGUUAUUAGAACACCGUGGUUAAAAAAUAUCUAUUUUAUUUCAACCAUGAAAUACGAACUUAAUGAUAAGCGGAUAAGAUAAUCCACAGAACAACAUAAUAUUAUCAAUAUCAUAUCCAGUGACGUAUUUAGAGAAGCCCCUGGCUGUAAAAUUUUUGGGACAGUCAGUAUUUUGAUAUUAUAUUAUAGGUUUUUUAACUGAUUCAAAAAAAAAAUAAUGAUAAUAAUAAACCUAAUAAUUUUAUAUAUUUUUAUCGUUAUACGAAAUAUAGUAAACCUCCGUGAUAAAUUUCGAGAUUUUAGACCCUGCGGUUCGAGUCGAGCGAUGAUGAAUAGGUCAGGGAAUACCAAUUAAAAUUCAAUAUCAGCUAUAUCUACAUUUAACAGUAAGGUUAGAUACCAUUAAGCAAAUUUAUACUGGCCGUUGCGAUCGUCAUCAAAUAAAAUCGUAGGUACGCUGUGCUAUUAAUAUCUGAAUAAAAUCCCUCAUGAAACGAUAUUUUCCACCUAUAUUUUUUAUAUGAAAACUGACAGCGAAUGACGAUAAAGGCAGAUCACGAUCGUCGGCUUUAUUUGGGUAGCGAUAACGAGCAGUGUUCAAUAUCUCUGGAAUUUUGUUUACCCUCCCCCCCACUCUGUUAACUGUGGGUAAAUUAAUAAUCAAUUAAAUAAUUAAACAAAUUUAAAUAUGACCGGUCUUAGGAAGAAGGUAGAUAAGCAAAAAAAAAUGUCAUAUACUAAAAUUUUAGUAAUGGCCCCUCCCAGAAAAAUUGUCUGGAUUCAACACUAAUAUCGAGGCGAUCAUCUUUUGACAUACAUUCGCCAGAUGUAAGAAUAUUCGCAGGGUAUACAGAAUAAUUAUGAAUGAAAAGAAGAAUACUAACUUAGAAACAAUUAUUAAUUUAUAUGCGACUAAUUUGACAUCGGUUUGAUUAUUUCACACCGAAACAUUGCACAUGUCAUAAAGAUUACCUAUUUUAAAAAGGACAAAACAUAUAAAACUGUUUUCCGGAUACACACACAUGCCUUAUCACAAUAAGAAAAAACGUAAGACACGAAAAACGUGUUCUGCAGAACAACGAUUAGUAUAUUUUUGAAAACAUCUCUGCAAAACGUGUGUAUGUGUAGAACACUAUAACGGACGAUAAAUUAUUAUUAUAAACAAAUUUCUUUAUUUGAAAAAUGGCAUCGUUUGAAUAUUUACUCGGCUUUUUUUAUGUACAGCCAAUGCAUAACCAACAAGACGAUGUACGUCAUGAUUAACACGCUCUCCAUGAGGAUCGCCAUGUUCAACGUCAUUUUAAUUGCGCAGAUAUAUGUUGAUUGGAAUUCGUUAUGACAUAAUAUUAUAAAUAUUAAAUAUAUAUUAUAUUAAUAUUAAUAUUAAAACCGGUCAGGAGCGUCAUUUGGGGAGGGGAGCAAGGUGUGCGGUGGCACCACUUCCUUUUAAAAUAGUCCCCAUUGGCCUGCUGAAAUAAUGCACCAAUUAUCUAUUUAAUUAAAAUUAAAUUAUAUUAAAUUCUGAGUGGAGCGAAGAAAGUUUAUGGUUUUAUAAAGAUUUUAUUUAUUAUUUAUUUUUUUUUUUUUUGUUGUCCUGUGGACAACUUUUCUAUCAGAGAUCUUGCUCCGAUUUUCAUCUAUAGCAUCUUUUCAGUGUGGGGAGGUACUUUAAGGAAGUUGUUCUUCGAUUUUCUCAAGUUUUCUCAUCAAAUACGAAAAACCGAAAAAAAAAACUGAGGAAAAACCGGAAAAUGUAAGAAUUUUAGGUAUUAGCUAAAAAUAUUACGGCCUUCUUUUUUUCUGUAAACAACUUUUUUUCCAGCAAAUUACUCCGAUUUACAAUAAAAGCAAUUUUUUCAAAAAAAAUUUGAUUGGGGAGGUACUUUAAAGAGGUCAUUUUUCGAUUUUCUCAGCAAAUGUAAAAACCUGGAAAAAACAUGGGAAAACCGGAAAAACGAGAAAAUCGGUACGUUAACCAAAUAUUAUUAAAAAAAAUAUAUAAUACUUAUUUAAUUAUUUUACCAUAACGUGACAUAUAUAUUGUUGAUAAAGCAUCAUUAUUAAUUGAACUCCACUCAGAAUCGUUUUUUCAUUAGCAAUGGUUUAUCGUUGCAUACAAGUAUACAUUGAAUUAGUUAUAACAGUGGCUGCAUCCGACCCCAUUAUCCUAGGACGUCUUUUAAUUUUUAAUUUUAAAAUUUUAUCAGAAUGUAAUUUACAUAUAAAGACAUAUUUUGUAUAACUUAUGACCACCUCAUUGAUAAAACUUUUCCACUAAUCUAUUUCCUAAUACCCAUUUAAGGAAAACGGGUACGACCGUUUUUAGAAACAAAUGUUCAAAAAUGCAAUCGAAUUAUUGUUUACGAUUUAUAAUUAAAUAAUUACAUAAAGAAUCACAAUCCGUUUUUAAAAUAGAAAUCUGUCAAAGUCAAACACAAUUAUUACAGAAUAUAUGCACUGUCGGCAAUUGAAAACUCUUCUCUUUUUCUUUUUUUUUUUAGAAAAGCUAUAAUAUUGAAAAACAUACAGUUCAUACACAUUAUAGAACUUUUAUAUUUUUAAUCCAGUAUGUAUUUUUUUUUUCUUUCUGGAAAUCGCAUCCUUUAUAUUUAUGCUCUAAUAGUUUCAAACCGGCCUAUAUAAUUACGACUAUACGGGUAAAAAAUAUAGUUUCCAUUCAUUUUUAAAUGCGAAUUAUUUAGCGAAAAAAAAAACGAUUAUAAAUAAUAUUAUAGUUUUAUAUUUUAAUGUAGGUAGGUACUAUAACUACAUAAUAUUGUUAUUAAUACUUAAUAUUCACCGAAGUAAAAUAUUACCAAUAUUACAUUCACUUUUUUUAUGUCUAUGCAAUUAUAUUUAUAUUAUAUUAUACAGGUAUUGGUAUAAAGUAUUAGGUAUUUGAGACUUUUGCUACUAAUUUUACGAGUAAUCAUCUAUUUUGACCCGCAAAAUAUUGUCUUGAGUCGGUGGAUUUUUCGUAUAAAUAAAUAACGAAACUAACCCCACCGCGAGUGUUGGUGAAAAUGCAAAAAUGGUGCGUAAAAAAAACCAUAAUAAUAUGAAUCUCAAAAGCAGAGGCGGAGUGACCGGUCUGGAAAUAGAAAUUUUCCAGAUGGUCUGGAUCGAAUUAUGGCCUGGUGGCCUGAUAUAUGUAUAAUAUUUUAAUUCCACGUAGGUAAUAUUUAACAAUUUAAUAAAAAAUUAUGCCAAGGUACACAACACACAAUAUUAUAUCCUAGUUUCGGUACUAAUUGAGUUUUUAAGAUUUUGAGUGUAGCGAAAAAUGUAUUGAUUUUACUAAGAUGUUUAUUUUUGUUUUAUUAUUUUAUACUGUGUACAAAAUUCUACCAGAAAUCUUACUCCGAUAUUUACGCGCGACACAAUAUCUGAAAGGAAAUAUUGUCCAGAUAAUACAUUUUUUGAUUUUCCAAGCGAUUUUCAUAAUAUUUGGAAAAAACCAAAAUAAAACGUAAGAAAAACGGAAAAUUCACGAAAAUAAUGCUUUCAUUUUUCAAUUUAUUUAUUUGUUCUAGUUCAGCUAAAACUAUUCGUAAAUAAUUAAAAUUUGGACAGAAAACUUAUAUUAUUAUUCCUAGACGUGGGAAAGUUUUCAACCAAUUUUGAUCUGUUUACAGACAUUUUAAUUUUGCGAGUUUCAUUCGAAAUUUUUAUUCGAUAGGUACUAUGUGGUAAAAUUGUUAGACUGAACAGAAAUGCGUGAAAAUUUAACAGGAGAAUCAUUAUUAGUCGUACUUUGUGGUCAAGACAAAAAAAAAAUUGAGUGUUAGGUAGAAUUUUUUUUUAUAAGAAUUUCAGUAUCAAAUUUUUUUUUUUUUUGAACAUAUGUAUAUUGCCAAUUUAAGAACAAUGGCAAAGUCAGAAUUAAGCGGAUUAAGUUUUGAAAUUAUAGGUUUUUGAAGUUCCAUUGCUCGAUCGGUGUUGGAUUGCCCGCCCGAGGCCUUUCCAAAAAAAUUGUCCAGGUUAACCGUACCGACUCGCAACAUAAAAAGAAGGCGGAGAUGAAGAUAACACCCGCAAAGGUUACACGAUCCCAUGGACCGGUUACAGCGCUCGUCGGUGGUGAGCGACGCGGUUUAAACAAUCGGACUAUUUAAUCACAAAAUACCCCUCGAUUUGUUGUGCAAACUUUUCUACCAGAAAUCUUCUGAAAGUAAAUUUUUUCCCCGUGGUAAUUUAGGGAGGUCAUUAUUUGAUUUUUGAAGCGGUUCUCAUAAUAUUUGGGAAAUACCGGGAUAAAAUGUCGGAAAAACGGAAAACGCACAAAAUGUAGGUAAAAGUACAAAACAUUUUUACAAGUGUACAUUUUUUCUACCAGUAAUUUUGCUCUGAUUUAAAAUAAUAGCACUUUUUCUGAAAGGAAAUCUGACCGGGAAGGUACUUUAAAGGGGUUAAUUUUUCGAUUUUCCCAAAAAUUUUCUCAACAAACUAGAAAAAUUAGGAACAAACAUGGAAAACCGAGAAAAACGCAGGAAAACGGGAAAUUUGGUACAAUAUUAAACAAAAAUUAUUAAAAAAAUAUAUAACGCCUAUUUAAUUAUUUUGCCAUUAUAUGAUAUACAUAUUGUUGACAAAACAUCACCAUCAACUGAACUGCGCUCAGAAUCGUUUUUUCGUUAGCAGUAGUUUAUCGUUGCUUACAGAUAUACAUUAAAUUACCUAUAGCAGUAGCUGCACCCAUCUCUAUUAUCCUAAGACGUAUUUUUUUUAUACGUUUAAAUUAUUAAAUUAAAAUGCAUAUUGAUGAAAUCGCUUUUCUACAUAUUUUGAGGAUCGAAACUCCCUCCCCCUCUUAUCUUCACCCGUGUUUCGAGGAAAUUCGUGUUUAGCUCCUCUCAACUCAAAAUCCUGGCUUCGUCACUGUUUCAAAUUAAAACGUGAGACAAAUUUCAUUUGGUAGAUACGUACUCUGUCGGGUGGCCUGGAUAAAUUUUAAUCUCCCGGCCCGAAUUCAUUAUCCACUCCGCCCCUGCAGUCAAUAGUGUAGGUUUUUUCGCCUAUCGUACAGCCGCGCCUUUUAAAUAUAAAAAUUAUUAAUGGGUACAAUAUGUGUUAUAUUAAGUAGGUACUGAUGUGCAUUAAGCAAGUUCCAUAUUGCGUAUGUAUAAUAUCAUCAAAUUGUGUUAUUAUUUUGUUUGCCCAGUCAGGCGGUAUACGAGAUAAAAUAACCACUUAAACGAUGUUUCGAGAACGGUUUUAUACGAGACCGACAAAUUCGGUUUAGGGAUAUAAAAAUCGUCGUAGCGGAAUGAAAUGCCAUCAGCCCAUAAAUAUCACGCGUCGGCUGCCUCAUAAUAAUAUUAUUAUGCGAUUGAGUGUAACCAUUUGUACGGAAAUAAUUUUAUUAAUAUAACAUUAUUCACUGUUAUCAUUUUCUUACACGUAUGUAUUUUCAUACAUGAAUCUGUUCGAUUUCCUGAGCUAAUAAGCUAAUUUUAUAAGUAUUUUUUACACAUUAUAACUUAUUAUAAUAUUUGUUUUCUGUUUAUUAAAUAAUUAAAAUGCUAAUAAAAAAUAACAAAACUUAACACAUAUAAGUUAUGUAUUUAUACUAUUAACAAAAUGUGGGUACAUAGGUAAAUAUCUUGGGAUAGGCUCAAAUUCAGAUGCAAAGAAGGUGUGGGAAAAAAAAGGUUGAAAAAGUGCCACUUUAUUUUAGAUUUUGAAUGGAGAGAAGAAGCUUAUGAUUUUACAAAGAUGUAAAUUUUUUUUUUUUUUGUUCUGUGGACAACUUUUCUACCAGAAAUCUUGCUCCGGUUGUCAUGUGUAACACUUUUUUGAAAGGAAAUCAGUGUGGGGUGGUACUUUAGUGAUGUCAUUUUUAAAUUUUCUGAGAAGUUUUCUCAUUAAAUUUGAAAAAUCAAAAAAGAAACGGAAAAAUGUACGAAAUGUAUUACUUAAGUAUUACGAUUUUUUUUUCUGUGCACAACUUUUCGAUCAGCAAUUUUACUCUAAUUUUUAAUGAUAACAAUGUUUGUAAAAGAAAAUUUUAUUAGGGUGGUACUUUAAAGAGGUUAUUUUUAGAUUUUCUCAGGAGUUUUCCCGGCCAAUGUGAAAAACAGAGAUAAAAAAUGGGAAAACCGGGAAAAACGUAGUAAAACUUUGAAAAUCAGUACAACAUUAAAUAAAUAUUAUUAAAGAAAAUACAUAAAGUCUAUUUAAUUAUUUUACUAUAAAAUAACAUAUAUAUUGUUUGCAAAGCAUCACUAUCAACUGAAUUCCGCUCAGAAUCGUUUUUUCGUAAGCAAUGGUUUAUCGUUGCUUACAGUUGUAUAUUAAAUUAUCUAUAACACUGGCUGCACCCGUCCCUAUUAUCUUAGGAUGUCUUUUUUAAAUAUUUAUACAUUGUGUAGUGAUUAUUUAUUUAACCUUUUUGCAUUAUGAAUCAAAUAAUUAAUUCACAAUUUGUAUUAAAUACAAAUAUUUAAUAAAUAACUGUCUGAGAUAUUUCAUAAACGUUACAUAACAAUCUAUUAUUAAAUAUUAAAUAAAUACACUAAUAAAAGAAAAUAAUUUAUAUAUCAUAAAUAAAUAAGAUUUGAUACUGGGUACGGGUGUCGACACUGUUGUAGGUGGGAAGUGGCGAAGAUAGGAAACAUAAGGUUAUUUCAUUUAUAUCUGUAAGCAACGAUAACCCAUUGCUGACGAAAGACGAUUCCGAGCGCACUUCGGUAAUACAUAAUUUAAAGUGCCGUAAUUUUUUUACGAUUUUAGUUUAAUUUUGAUUUCAAAACGCUUAUAAAAAAAAAAUUCAACAAAAUUAUGUUUUCUUGUCAUUGUUCAAUUGGAGCUAUAUUAUAUAUAUAGCCAUAUUUGUGCUAAAAAACCGUGAUAGGUACUUAUUUAAAAUAACGAAAUCGUGAAAAAAUCUUAUUUUUUUUUUUACGGGUUAAUCGUUUUUAUUUUAAAUACCAUUUCGAAAAUCAAAAAAUGACUUAUGUAAUUACUAAAUUUACAGAAAAUGUGCUACAUUUAUACAUCGGAGCAAGUAUUCUAGGAUAAAAGUUUUCUGCAGUAUAAAAAUAAAAAUAUAAAAAAAUAAAGUACCAUAGUAAAAAAAUUUAAAAAAGGAAAAAAAGUCAUCCGAUGAUUUUGGAAAUUUCAUCACGUCUAGGUAAGUCCGUUCUAAGUAUUAUUACCAAGUUUCAAGUCUCUACGUGUACCAACAAUUAAAAUUCAUUAAAAGCUCAAUAGUGGCUCAAAAUUUUUUGCGAUUAUACCGUAAGAAAAUAAAUCAAAAAGGCAACAAAAAAGGUAUCUUCAGGUAAAUCAUUUUUUCUGGUAGAAAACGUCGUCCGGAUUUUUAUAAAAUAAUGAAAUCGUGAAAUUUUACGAAAAUUGACCUCUCUAAGGUACAAUCUAGACAACUUUAGCUUUUAGAAAUUAUGCUACACUUAUACAUCGGAGCAAUUUUACUAGGAAAAACGUGUCCACAGACUAGAAAAAAAUAAUAAUAAACAGCAUUUUAAAACCAUUAGUUCCAUCGCUACUUUCGGAAUCUAAAAUAUUAAUAUUUGUAUUUAUUUAAAGAAAUAACUGAAUAGUUAAAAAAAAAAAAUUAAAUUUGUUCAUAUUGUAAUAAUUAAAAAAGUUAAAAAAAAAAAAUACUGCAUCACUGUUUGGUUUACCAUACUAAUAUAUGAUGAUUAGGGGGGUUUGGAAAUUCUUACUCUAACAUGUUUUUUUGCAAUUAUCAUAGAUUGUUCUAGGUAAGUUAUAAAUUUAAUUUAUGAAAUACAAAAUUUGAAUUUUCAUAUUUUGUCAUAUUUUAGAAAAAAUGCAUAUUUUGUCAUUAUUUAAACUUUGUAUGCCUACAAUUUUUAGAAAAAUCGUACUUGGUUAACAUUCAAAAAUAUUUCUUUUAAUAAAUUACUUUAUCUUUAUCGAUUAAUAACCAACCUUGUUAUCAACAAAAGAGAUGUCGAUGGUCGAUUGAGUACCCGUGUAUAAAUUAUUUUUAUUAUGUAGGUACCUAUCUAUUAUUGAGAUUUUAAUUAUGUUCCCAUUUAUUUUUAAGAUUUUUGUUUUUAUAAUAAUAAUAAUAUAUAAUAUCGUAAUUGCCUUAUUAAAUAUUUUUGAGUGACUUUUAGGCCUUAUUGACAUUUUUAAGCGGUUUAUAUAGAUCUUAAGUGCAUAUAAAUCCGUUCCCUAGUGAUCUAAAAUAGUCUUAGUGAGCCGUUUUAAUUACGACCGUUUAUAUGAAUAUUUAUCAUUAAAUACACUUCUUCUGGAUUUUUUUUUUAUUUAUUAGUUACUUUAUUACUUAGUUACGUAAAUGUCAGUUUUGCAACCACUGAAUUUUAGCAAAAUUAUACCUAUGCACAUGUUAUGUUUUCUUACAUAGUUUGAUAUAAUUUAAUAAUUAUAAUAAUAAUAACAAUAAUAGCUACAAACAACAUAAUAAUUAUAGUAGGUAUAAACAUAAUUUUAAAUAGCUUAUUAUAAACAUUUUAUGUUAAAAAGGUACUAGUCAAUUCAAAUAAAGUAUAACAAAUAUUUUAUAAAAAUUAUGAAUUAUGUAGCUAAAAAAAGAUGGACACACGUCGCACGAUGGGUGAGCCAUCGUUGUAGACGAGAAGUUGGAAAGGUAUAGGAUAUAGGGAGGAAAUUAAUGUAUAUCUGUAAGUAACGAUUAAUCUUUUAAAGUACGGUUAUACGUAUUCUGAAUGACCGUAAUAUUUACAAUUUUCGUAAAAAUUUGAUACUGAAAUUCUUAUAAAAAAAAAAUUCUACCUAACACUCAAUUUUUUUUUUUUGUCUUGACCACAAAGUACGACUAAUAAUGAACCUCUUGUCAAAUUUUCAAACAUUUCUGUUAAGUGUAACAAUUUCAUCAACAGAGUACCUACCGAAUAAAAAUUACAUAAAAAACUCACAAAAUUUAAAAGAAUAAAAGAAUUUUUUUCGAAAAUGUUCCCGUUCUUAUUUUUACGUUUUACUCAAUAAUUAAAAAAACUACAAAGAAAAUCACAAAGACUUUCUCGGUCAUCAAUUAAAUUAAAAAUUCAAGAAAAGAGAUCUCUUUUUGUUUUUCUAUUGAAGCAAUAUUUCUGGUAGAAAAUGGAAAGCAUGAAAAAUUAAAAUAAUAAAAUCGUAAAACCUUAAAUUGAUCAGUUUUCAUUUUACAUUUUUUUCCGGUUAUUAUAUUUGUUCAAUAUCAUACUGACAAUAUAGAUAAAAGUACAUCAAAAUAUUCAACAAUCAGUACCUAGACGUCUGUAAAAUAUAAAUUAAACAACAAAAUCGUUAAUUAUUGGUACUGCAGAUGAUAAUAAUAUUAUGUUUGACCUCAGUGUGCAGUGACGUUACCGGACUUCUUAGAGGAUGUACUUCGGCCGCCGAUCGAUUGUACUUAUUGCAAAGGAAUGGAUUCCGUCGAGAAGAUAUUCAAUUUGUCCGCCGAAAAUUUCGAAAAAAAGUAAUCGAUUAUAAUUUUAUGGAAUUAUUUUAGUCCGACAAGCAUUUUUUGGGGGACAGCGAUAAAAAUGGUCAGAGAAUAAUCAUUACAUUCAUUAUAAUAUGCAUGUAAAUAUAUAGAAAAUUUAACACAUAAUAUAUAUAAUUAAGCUAACAAAAAAAUUUUAAAUAGGCGGAAAAACCGGUCAGAUUUAUGUUGAAGAAAUCAAAACCAAUGGUACUCUCUAAUUUAUUUAAAACACACCUGUAUUAUUUAUUUAUUUUUUAGUAUAAAUGUACCAUUUCGAAAAAAAUCUAUAUCGAUUUUUACCAGGAUAGUGGUGAAACAGACAACCGAAUAAGUCCCAAUAAACGUUAUUUGUAUUUUAUUAUGUUCAACCGUCGUCGUUAAAAAUUUAAUUCUCGCUCAUUUUCCCCCGAGUUGCCCUUGGGUUUUGAUUUAUUCACGUUUAUAAAAUAUUAUAAUAUCGUUUACAUUUUAUAAUACUCGUAAUACUAAAACCCGGACAAACAGUGAAGAACUACCGACUGACCGAGCACAUCACCGAUUAAAACCUUUCCAUUUUAAAUAUUUACACUGCACAGUUCGACUACUCGACGAACUGACAGAGGUGGUCCAGAUGUAUAUUACGAGGAGCAAUCGCUCCUAGGCGCUAAAAGGGUGGGUGAGUGGUGGGUAAAUAGGUAAUUCAGUAAUUUACAAUCAAUACUUAAUAUCUAAUAUUAUUUACAGAUUUGCACUAUUUUCAUUUGUGUAUUUUAUUUCUCCUUUAUUGUGGUCCCGAUGUCCUGUGUUUUUAAUAUCUUACAAUUUUCAGAUAUUAUCAGGGAAAUUACAUGAAUAUUUUAAGGUACAAAAGUUAUAAGCUUAUAUUAAUUAUGGUGGGUAGGUGGAUGGGUAUAGUAAUAAGCCUGUUCCUUGUGUACUACAUCCUCGGGCCGCUACUGCAAACUAGUGUAGUUUUUCACAUUCGAUUUACAAUUUCACCAUUAAACAUAAUUCUAACCUAUAAUCUGAUUAAUUAAUAUCAAAACCCUAAAGUAUAUAGUGAACGGGUUUCGAUCAUAAAGUUAGUUAUAAAGAGUGUACACCGUCAAAUGGAAAACCAUAAUAUUAUAGAACGUCAUAUUGUAGUGCUCCGCCUGUUCCAGUUACGCGUACACGGGUCGGCCGGUAGUGGCCGUAGACGUUUCCGGUCCAUCGACCACCACCUUCGGAUUUCGACUGUUCAAGAAUUUGUCCGAUUCGGGACUUAUGACCCCCUGCCAGUUUUUUCCGUACAAGACGGAAUUCCGGACGCUCAGUGAAGCGCUUGGGAUGGACGAACGGCGGGCCGCCAUGGAGCCCGGACAACCACCAUGGUACGUCGGUUGGUACGUAUAUGAUAUAGGUAAUACAACUGUAAUAUACUUGAACCACCCAUUGGUAUAACGAUACAAAGAAAAGAAUAUUAAAAAAUGAGUGCACGGAAAUAUACAUUUUUAAAACAAAUAUUUAGUUUACAGAUUGUUACAUCACUGUAAAGUAUUUUCAUUUCAGAGUAAUAGAUCGUCUAUUUUUUAUCGUAUCAUUGGUAAAAAGAUAAAAAGCUGUCCUAGAAUAAUGGGAACGGGUGCAACCAAUGUUGUAAGUGAGAAGUUAGGAAGGUAGGAUAUAGACAGAAAUUUAAUGUAUAUCUGUACCCAACGAUUAACCAUUGCUAACGAAAAAAGAUUUCGAGCGAGUUCGGUUGAUAUAGUGUUUCUUUAUCAAAGCUAUAUAUGUGUCAUAUUAUGAUAAAAUAAUAACAUUCAAAUUAAACAUUUUCUUUAAUAAUAUUUUUUUUAUACUGUGUCUAUUUUCUCGUUUUUCCUACAGUUUUUUCUGGUUUUCUCAUGUUCUUCCCAUUUAUUGAGAAAACUCCUGGGAAAAUCAAAAAAUAACCACCUUAAAGUAUCACCCUGGUCAGAUUUCCUUUCAGAAAAAGUGCUAUAAUUGUAAAUCGGAGCAAAAUUUCUGAUAGAAAAGUUGUCCACAGAAAAAAAAAUUAAUAAUAAUAAACAUCAUUGUAAAACCAAUGUAUUCCUCGCUCCACACAGAAUCUUUAAUAUUAUAGGUAAACGCCCCUGAUUAGAUUAUUCACGCGUAUUGAGAAUAAAUUGAAUCCAUGUUUUAAUGAAGAAAUUAAGUGUGAACCUAUACCUAUAUAGUUCAAUCGCACGAAAAAACCGCGGAAAAUCAUGUGUUGUAGAAACGACGUAAGUCUAAAACUUCCAAACGAAUCCUCUGAACCCACAGCGUGGUCAUUUUUAUACAUUUUUUUUUUAAUUCCGUAUCUCAGGGUACUUUCUAUUGAACCUUUUGGUUUCACCAUCAGAUAGUAUAGUGAAAAUACAUUUUUUUGUUGUUUUCUCUGAAUAAUCGUUUUUGGACUUGGGUCGUUUCUCAAAUAUAUGGUUCACUUCUACUUCUUCUGUCCCGGUACUGCGCACGCCCCUUUAACAAUAAUAUUAUUCGACAAACAAAAUGAUGUCAGAUAUAAUUAUUAGAUGUGCCUAAUACCUUUAUACGAUGAUUCGUGAUAUUUUUAGCUUUUGGCUUUUUGGUGUUUUUAAAUUAACCAGAACAAUCGGAUUUUUGUUCCAGGAGCAAUUGCGAACCCAAAACAAUAAAUCGCCUAAAACGACAUGUGUCUCUACCGAAUUUCUUACCGGCGCUGUCGGACAGCAAGCGGACACUGUGGAUUUUCAUGGGCACUCCCGGACAUGGAGCACCGAUGCACGUGAGUAAAAUCGGCCCUAGAUCAGUAGUUAUAAAGAGACGCCCCUUCUUUUUAACAUUAAAUUAUCGGUCCUCUUUAGUUAAAGUCAUUGAAGUCCGGGGAAAUAACGCUUUAGUUAUUGUCAUUGAGAAAAUUUAAAAAAAACAUCCUAAGAUAAUGUGGACAGCAGCAGACUCUGUUAUAGGUAAUUUAAUAUAUACCUGUAAGCAACGAUAAAACAUUACUUACGAAAAAACAACUCUGGCCGGAGUUCAGCUGAUAGUGAUGUUUUUUCAACAAUAUAUAUUAUAUAUGCCAUAUUAUAGUAAAUAAAUAAAAUAGGUUCAAUUUAUUUUCUUUAAUAUUGUACCGAUUUCCCUGGUUUACCUGCGUUUUUCAAAUGUUAUCUACAGAAGAAAAAAAUGGUAGUAUUAUAUUUAUUAAAUUUCGUAAAUUUUCCCGUUUUUUUAUUUUUUUCGGUUUUUCGCAUUUUAUGAGAAAACUCUUGAGCAAAUCGACCUCUCUAAAAUAUUUUUCCAGUGAAAUUUCCUUUUAGAAAAACUUCUGAGCAAAAUUGCUGGUAGAAAAAUUGUCUACGAGAAAAAAAAUCUUGUCUCCAUAUAAUGAUGGGUUUCCUAAAAGUUUAAUUAGGUUUAAUUAGUUCCCGGGAACGCCCCUCGAUUUUCGGUGAACAUAAUACCCCUUUGAAUAUAUUCCCAGUUUAACCACUGUCCUAGAUAAUUCUAUGUAUAGUAGGGAAGGGAAGAGGGCAAACCAUUAAGAACAAAUCGGUUACAGGGAGUUCAAACAUUUUAGGACCGCAUUCGUUUUCGUUGACAUGUUUAUUUUUGUUUUCGCCAACUAUCGUUUGAUAAUUGGCCAAAAGUAUUUUUUGUUGUCUAAAUAUAUUUUGAGAACCGUUUAGAGUUAUUUAAGGACCACUACAAGAAGGCGAUUCUUAUUCAUCCCAAAGAUUUUUAUUUUUUCUGUAUCUAGUUCUUAUUAUAUUUAUUUCAUUUCGUCAUAUUAUACGUAAGCCGUCACACGUGCCUAUUCCAUAUUAGUAAUAAGUUUGAAGUCACGGGAGCUCAUAUGAAAGGGGUGAUAGAAACAAUGCUCCCACCCCCUAAAGAAAUGGACUUACAUUAACAUUUGACAUAGUCAUUGGUACAGAAGUAGAUAUAAUCAAUAUAUUAUUUUAUAUAAUUUUUUUUCUUAUCAAUCAUUAAUAUUAAAUUAAAUUAUUUCACCCCCCUCCAAUAGCCAAGGUCUGGAAACUUUCCUGUUUAGAAUAUUUUUAUUAUUAUUAAAUAUUGUUUAUUUAAAAAAAAAAAUGGUGUAUAAAAAUUGCAUUUGUAUUCUCAUUCUUCUCCUUUGCCUUCAUCCCACCUAUUUAGGAUCGGCCACCCUAGUUUUAAACUUCCACUUGAUCUGAUAUCCCAUCAACUCACAUACACCGGCUUUCCUCGUAUUAUUCUGUAUCAUAUCCAACCACCUCUUUUUCGAUAAACAAUUUAAUUUAUAUUAAAAAUGUUAUAUAAGUUUAUUGGGUAAAAAAAAAUGUUUAUCACUUUCGAUGUCUCAUAUUGUUACAAACUUUUAGAUUCUGAGUGGAGCGAAGAAGCCUAUGGUUUUACAAAGAUGUUUUUUUUUCUGUAGACAACUUUCCUACCAGAGGACUUGCUUGGAUUUCUAAGUGUAGCACCUUUUCUGAAAGAAAUUCGGUAUGUAGAGGUACUUUAAGGAAGCAAUUUUUCGAUUUUCUCAGGAGUUUUCCCAACAAAUGUGAAAAACCGGGAAAAACGUAUGAAAACUGGUAAAAUCAGUAGGACAUUAAACAAAUAAUAUUAAAGAAAAUAUAUAAAGCCUAUUUAAUUAUUUUACUAUAAUAUGGCGUAUAUAUUGUUGUUAAAAUAUCACUAUCAAAUGAAUUCCCCUCAGAAUGGUUAUUUUGUAAGCAAUGUUUUAUCGUUGCUUACAGGUAUACAUUUUACCUAUGUUAUUACCUAUAACAGUGGCUGCACCCGUCCCCAUUAUCCUAGGACGUUUUUUUAUUUUUAUAAUUUUAUAGUCCUUCAUUCUUCAAAUUUACCAUAAUAAUAAAUAGACUACUAGAGGUUCUCAAAGAAUAAUGUAAACGUAUUAAUAGAUAUGUCGGAAACAAAAAUCUAACUUUCUUUUUUCAUUUUUACGGAAAUGAUACAUCGCAUAUUCACCUCCCGCUUAUUGUAAGGUGAGCAUGUUUAAAUUCAAUAAAAUUGGAUAAUAUAUGGAUAAAUUUUACACAAAAACGUAAUUUUUCGGCGAAAACUGUCUUAGUUUUUUUCAAACAGUUUUCGGGUUUUCUAUGCGCAAUGUUGUUUAAAUCUGACAUUUAGAUCGACAAAGUGGGAUAUCCGUCGUGGCAGACGCAAAUAAGCGGACACAAAAAAUGGACGCUGAGGACGCCGGUUGAAUGUUUUUUCAAAUGCAAACGACAAUUCGAAGUGUUCAUGGAACCAGGUUCGACUAGUGAGUAUUUUAUUAAUUUUUUUUUUUUUUAAAGAUACGCGCGAAUAGAAAAAAUAUUGCAAUGGGUAUGGGUUAAAGACCUGCCAGGGUCAAGACAGACUAUUUACAUUUAAAUCAGGGCCGAGCCGGGUUUUUUUUUUUACAAAAACACGUUGACCAUUUCUUACAUUUUUAUUUUUAACCUAAUACUAAGGAUACCGCACUCCCUAUCUUCCCAUGUUAAACAAAUGGGUCAUCUUGAGUCUCCAAAACCACUAUAUAGUUUUGAUAUCUUUACGAACGAUCUAGUUUCGAAAACAACCAGUAGACCCCACGCUGUGUGCACCCCCCCCCCCCCCCAAAAAAAAAAAAUCAUGAUCUCGCCAAAUGUUGACAUCUUGAUUCUUUGCAGGUUCUUAUACACCAACCAAAUAUUCGGAUUGGACAAUGUUUUUAUAAAUCUGUUAAAUAUCCAGACUGGACUUUGAAAAAAAUAAUGGUUUUUGGUACCUACUCUGUGCUCAAAACUUAUUACUAUACAAAAUUUAUCAAAAACGAAAUGAUAAUUUCAAAAUACUUCUAUGGUAUUAAAUUGUACACCAUUUUUCUCUGAACUAAAUAUAAUACUAAUAGUCAUGAAGUAAAUGUAAACAAAAAAUUUAAACGCCAAACAUGUUCAAAAGAAUGCAUUAUAUAAAUCUUCAAAUUUUCACUUAUACAUAAUAAUUUAACUAAAAUAUAAAUCUUCGUGAUAACUUAAAGUAAUUUAAUUGAUAUCCAUAUACGGUACGAUAAAUAAUCAUUGCUAACCAAAAACGAUUCUAAGAGAAGUUCGGUCAAACACGUUUAGAAUUACCAUGAUUUUCACAAUUUUCUUCAUAAUUUGAUUUUGUUUCAAGCUUAUAAAAGAAAAUCCUAACUACCGGUUUUCAAAAUUUUUAAAAACCCAAUAGGGACUCACAAUUUUAUCCACAUAAAACCAGUGGUAUAUGGAGUAGGGGUAUAAUGGUACAUAUUUGAUAAAUUCCCCAGAGCCUUCUUUUUUUAAUAUUAUUUUGUAUAUAAAUAAGUAGAUAAUAUUGUUAUUGUAUAUAAGAUCCUGUAUGACCUAGAAAAGUAUAAUAUUUCAAAAUAAAAAUGUAAUUUAUGUUUCAUUGUUAACAGUUAUCUCUACUAAAAGAUGAAAUUGAUAUAUCUCUACUCAGAAUUUAUCUACGCAGAGUUUUAAAGGGAUUUAUGGAUUUACAACCUUUUUAAUCUUACCUAUAGCUAAAAAUAUAAAGUAACGCGUGGAGGAGUUACAACACCCAACCUCCCCUAGUUAUACCCCAUAAACCACACUUUAACCAAACCACGCAAACCCUUUUUUGUUAAAUUCUCAAACCUACUAUAUGCAGUUGUUCACAUUUUAAAAGUAAAAUUUAUUUUACGUGACUUUUAAUUCGUGAUUAUAUUUUUUUUAACUAAUUAAUAAAAAUAAUAUUGCAUAAUAAGCAUACGCUCAAACAUAAAGUAGGUAUACUACACAUCGCCUGUUUUGGUACUUUGUUUUUUUUUAAAUUUAUUUAAUGAAAUUUUUUACAGAAGUAAUUAUUGAAAACUGUAGGUGUGUUCACUCUCAUUAUUACCCUUGGUGAUAUAUUAUUAUUAUUAAAUCCAAUAAUAAGAGAAUUGAUAAGACAGUUUUUUUUUUCAAUUAAUCCCGGUGCACAAAGAUAAUUAUUGAUAUUCAAUAUUCAUUAACUAAAACAUCUUGAACUGAACAAUUUAAUAAUUUAUUUGUUCACAGCUUAACUUUAAACAAAUAUAUAUUAUUAAUUUAGGUCUACAUUGAUAUUCACUAAAUUAUACCUAUAAUUAUGAAUAUAUUUCUAAUUUAUCUAAUUAUGUCAGUACCUACUGUUUACCUACCUACCUAUUGUGAUUUUAGAUGGCAUUGGUUUGAUAUCGAUAUUGAUAUAAGGGUGUCAUUAAAUUAUUAAACAUACCAUAAAUAAUAAGCCACAUUAUUUAAAGUUGUAUUACCAAAGUGAAUCAUUUACAACACCGUUAAGGAUGUCUGUACAUUUAUAUUCAUAUUAUUAUAUCUAAGAAAUAAAAAUCCUGAAAAACUUACAAAUAUUUUCCAUAUAUUCUCAUAAACACAAAAUACAACGAACAUCAAUGAAUACUCUGAUAAACAUGCAAUUCAAUUCAAGUUUUGAGUAUUACCUUUGUGAGUAUAGAUUAAAUUUAAAACAAAACAACAGGUACCUAUGUAUAAUAUUUAAUAUAAUAAUGUAAAAAUUUGGAAGUUUCACGACUGUAUAUCUACGGUGGGAGGUAGGAUGGUCUCUAUCGAGUUAUUACCUAAAAAGCUUAUGGUUUUACAAAGAUGUUUAUUUUUUUUUUUUUUCUGUGAACAACUUUUCUACCAGCAAUUUUUCUAAAAGGCUAUCUGACUGGUGAAGUACUAUAAAGAGGUCAUUUUUUUGGUUUUUCACUAGUUUUCCCAAUAAAUGAGAAGUCCGGGAAAAACCAUGGGAAAACCGUAGGAAAAACGAGAAAAUAGGUACAAUAUUGAACAAAUAUUUUUAAAGAAAACAUAUAUUGCCUAUGUGAUUAUUUAACCAUAAUAUAUGAUAUGCAUAUCGUUGACAAAGCAACUAGGUACACUAUCAACAGAACUCCGCUCAGAAUCGUUUUGUCGUUAGCAAUGGUUAAUCUUAGCUAACAGAUAUACAUUGAAUUAGGUACCUAUAACUGUGGCUGCACCUGUCCCCGUUAUCCUAAAUAUAUUAUUUAUAUUUGAUAUUUAAAAAUGAACAUAUACUUUACAGUCACGUACAUUUCCCCUGCCACCCUGGUAGUGAUAUUUAGGUGAACAUAUUCGUAUAUAUUUUUCGUAAUUAAUCUAAUAAAAUUUAACUCCAAUUUUUUUUUAAGUACUUAUAAUCACUCGAAAAUAGACCAGGAAAGAAGAAACAAGUGUGGGCACGGGGGAGGCCUCCACUGCGAGAUUUCCCACCAAAAUAUGUUAGGUAUAGAUUUUUAUUUAAAUGUUAAACCCUAAGUUACUCUUAAUAUUAUGCAUUGGUACAAAAAGAGGAAGAACUUUUGGAGGAUUUUGACCCCCUUCCUCCCGAAUAUACAACCAAGCCUCCUAAAAUAAAGUCCUCGUCAAGUAAAUACUAAAUAUACAUAAUCAAUAUUAUUAGGACUUGAGCCACCUUCAAAAAUAUUGGCAUCACUUUUGCUUAUGAUUUUUGCGUAUGGUUUGAUUUUAAAAAUCAUUGUCUCCCCUGUCAAGAAGACCUGCGUACGCCUAUGGGGAUAAGUACCAGAAACAAGAAAUGAUUCUUCAUCAAUACAUUUAUUUUACGAAAUGCUUAACCAAAAAUAAUGAAAAUGAAAAUUGUUUGUUUUUAUUUUAUUUUGUUUAUCAUUUAAACUCCUCCCUUAUUAUACAGAGUUCAAAUUUCGGAACUUCGUGUAGAUACCGUCGUAACGGUUAAUAUUAAAUUUAUAAUAUUUUCUUAACAGAAAAAAAAACAAAAAUGGUGGGCGCCAUCGGUGCGCUCGAGGUCGAGGUAAUCUUUUUGUUGAAUCUCGGAUAUGACCGUGCGGACCGCUAGAUUCCGUUUUUCCCGGGCCGUUCGGAUCAUGUCUAUCCGCGCCUCUGGCAGGGCGUCAGUGCGACAGAGCCCAGCCGCCAGUUCGCCAUGUCCCCAAGUGAAAAUUCCUAGCAAAAAAAAAAAAAAACAAACCUAUUCUCUGCUUGCGUGGUGUAAUAUUAGCAAUACUCCGCGGACUGCGUGAAAAACGAUUUCUAUACCUACCCCGCCUAGGUUUAUUAUCGUCGCCGUUGAUUGUGCGCAUACAAUCAACUCUACCGCAAUACCGACUAUUUUAUCAUUACGGUCGUCAGUCUUAUAACGCGAUAGGUAACAGCGUUGUUAUUAUUGUCGAUGAUUAAUUAAUUGCGCUAAACAUAUUAUAUUAAAUAGGUAUAAAUUGAAUCAACGUUACCGUGUUCUUGAUAAAAACCGAUCCGAGGUGUUCGCCGAGUUUUACAAUUUUUUUUUCUUCUCACUCAACAUUUGCCCGCGUUACGUGCCGACGUUAAACGCAAUGCACAGAUCAAAAUGUCGAUAUCCCGGAAACGUGCCGUUCGUCCGUUCGUCGCCGGUCAACCUACACACUAGCGUUAAAACGAAAAUGCGAUUUCUUCAUUCCGAUAAUUCAUUUUUUUCGAACGGCCCGUUCGCGCGCGGCCAAACGCUCGGCAAGUGCAUAGAGGCGCCGCCUCCACAAUAGACCACGUCGCGUUUCGGUACGCCGCGCCGUUUCGCCGUAAAUGUAUAAACGCCUCCUGGCCCCGUCGGUCCCGUGUCGGGCGCGCCUGGGACGGAACGAGUACGGAAACGCCCGCCGGCGCAAACCCGACGUGCUCGCCGUUCGCCGAUCGGACACUUUACGCGGAGACGGCCGUUUUCGUACCAUCGGUCGUAAAUCCGUCCGUGCCGUCGUUUAAUUCGGAAACGGCGCGCGCGGGUUCUUAUCGUGUUUUACGGCGAGUGAAAGAGACGACGAAAUCGGCCGGCCGUCAGACUGGUACCCCGGGUGUGCGGGUGUCGCGAUAGCGGUUACCAAACCGGCGGGUACCUACCUACACGUUUAACGUUUCGAUCCGUGUGUGCCGCCGAACGUUCGGGUUGGAAAUCCGACGGCCCGUCGAAUCGAAUACUAGACGAGGAACAACGACGGAAAACGUUAGUCGGGAACGCGCGAACACGUCGGGUUUUGAAUAUUACGUAAUUGUCGGAUUUAUUUGAACUCCGCGUCUGAACGGGGACCGUCCUCAACACGCCGCGUCGUUUCGUUUUGAUUGCACGAAAUAAUUCGCACCGGUCGUCCUACCGACAAUAACCACCAACAUUAUCACUCGCUGUCACUAUUAAUUUUGACCAUUCGCCCGAAAAUGCGCGGUAAUUAUUAUCGCGCAUUUUUCUUAAAACGCAAUAUCCAUUAUCACAUUACAUUAUUCAUGAAUUGGGUAUUCGUUAUUAUUAUUAUUUCGCCACCAAUAUUUCACCGUCUCUACGCUUUAUUCAGGAUUUCUAUUGUUCACACUAUUUUCUGUCCAAAAAGACGGAUUACCCAAACAGUAUCCACUUCAUUAAUAUGGUUUACUUGUGUUGUACGAUUAAUUAAUAAUAAGUACUUGUCUAGUCGUACUUCCUUUCAGAAAAAAAAAAAUGCUAUUAUUGUAAAUCGCUGGUAGAAAAAUUGUUCGCAGGAAAAAUGAAGGUCGAAAUGUUUGUCAACUAAUACCUACAUUUCGUACAUUUUCCCGUUUGCCCAUGUUUUUUACAUUUGUUGAAAAAACUCCAGGGAAAAUCGAAAAAUGAUCCCCUUAAAUUACAGUGGAAUUAAAAUUUCCUUUCAAAAAAUAAACUACACUUGAUACAUAGAUAGGUACAAGGUACCUGGGUAUAAUUAAUGAAAAUAAAUUUAAACAAAUGAAAACUUACUGUUUCCAUCUUUUAUUCGUUAUUUUCAAAGAGAUAUAUAAAAAAAUUGGUUUUUUAUUUUUCUAACAUUUAGUUAUAUUCUUUAGCCUAAAACAAAAAUUACAUACCGACUAGGUAGAACAUUAGUAUCAAAUUAAUUGUUUUUAUUUUUAUAGAUGUAAAUAAGUGUAAUAACAUUUAUUGUUUAAAAUAAACUUAAAAACCCGUAAAUAAUAUACCCACAUCUUUGAAAACAUACUGAACUUCAAUUAAAACGCACACUUUUGGACAAAAUAUACUAUGGUGUGCAAUUUUAAUAAAUUACAUUUUUAAUAAGUGUUCAGAUUUGAUCAUUAUAAUUGUUUAAUGAAUAUACAAAAAUAAACUAAAUCAAACGCUGUUAAUUCGGUAUGCGCUCUAGAGGUUUAGUCAGUUCUACACUAGGUAUACGCAUUUAUCAUUAUGUAUUUAUACAUGAUUUGUUUAGUAUUUUAGUUGAUUUUAUUAUUAAUUAAAUUGAAUUUUAUUACUAUAAGUUUUAUAACAAUACCUAGUCUUUUCAGACUAUUUUCAGUUGCCUUACGCUCAUGGUUGUUCAUGAUUAUAAUGUUGUUGUGAUUUUUGUAUAUUAUUUUUAUAAUUAUUAUAUUAUUAUGUAUUCCCAUCUUGAUCGGUAUUGCUGGAAACUUUACCGUUAAAGAGUCUUUAUGUUCAAUACAUAAAAAUUGUUCUUAGUAUAUAUUUACCAAAAUUACUUUUAAUUUCUAAUCACUUAAAUACUGCAUGCUGUGUUUUGUGGAAAAAGACAAUUAAUUAAAAACUAGUUUCGAUUCUAAGACUUUUGUCUUUUAUUACAAUUUAUUGAAAUAGACCUUAAUUAAUUGAGAUUUUCUAUGAUUAUUUUCUAAGUCUGAUACGCGGUAAACUAAUGUGAAAAUUGUCAAUUAAACCUGCCGGGAACCUUGUCGAAGAGCCCGUUUCAUAACUCAAUAAGUGUACAUGAUGGUUUGAUUUUAAACGAUUUUGUGAUUUACCCGAUUAAAAAUAGUUAAAAUUGGUUAAAAUUAGUCUUAUCAGAUCCCGUCAAUCAACCAUUGUACCAAUCUAAUAGUGAUUACAUACACAUUGUCAAUGCUAUUAUAAUAACAUCAAUUUACAAUAAUAAUAAAUAAGUAGGGCUGCAUCUCAAUCAAAGAAAUCAAAUACAAAAGAGGACCGAUGUUGGUUGACACCUAAGUCAUGUGCAAUUUAAUUAGUUAUGAUUAAAAUAUAUAGAUAAGUAAACUGUACACAGCUCAAAGAUUUAAAACCUUUGAAGAUCAGUCAAUAUCAGUCAAGAUAUUCAAGGAUAUCCAAAAAAGGAUAUCAUGUAGAGUGAAAGAAAUAAACAGAUAUAAAUAUCAUUUCAAUAAAUACAUAAACAAAAAUAUUGAGAUCUAGGAAUGCACAAAAAAAACGCGUUACUUAAAAAUGCAUUCAUUUGGUCCAGGUAAAAAUUUUUAAAUUUAAAUCAAAAGAUAAGAGUAUUUCUAGAAGAAAAGUUUUUCGCAGAAUCUAAAAUUUAAAAAUAAAUUCUCUACACAACUCUACCUAUAUUAUAAUUUCCUUAUGCAAUACACCACUAAAUAGGUAAGGAUACUUAAACACACUAUAAUAUAGAUUGAAAUAAUAUAGGUAGGAAUAUGCAUCAAAUGUAACACAUAUAUAUAAAUAAAACUGAUGACUUAUUUUGUAAUAAUUUGUUUUACUACUUGUUUUUUUUUUUUUUUUUAGUUGUGUUGGACACAAACAUUUGGUACCAUGAAACACAAACCAUUGGUCAAAAUAUCAGCAUAACAGUAGGCGGUGAAUACGAUUGA